GUGCCCCCGGGUGGAAGAGCCACCGCCGGAGCCUUUUCUUUCUGUUACAGGUUUGCUGAAACUAUCUGUUCUGCCGGUGCUCUCCAGCUGAUUACUAGGCGGGCAGUGUGGUCAGAAAAUCACACACACAUAUUAUAUACACACUUGUUUUUUAGGCGUGGAUUAUAAAAUUUCUCAAAAGAAAACUAUUAAAAACUGUAUGAUAUACAAAUAAAAAAUGUUCGAGACUCCUAAGUUUUUUUCACAAUUCUACUUAUAAUGACAUAUCAAGUUUUAAUUUAUUAUAUAUUUUAUCAUUGAGGGCUUAAUCCCCUUAAGACAUUUAUAUAAGUCAAAAGUUUAAGUCUCUACCAUUAUUGUUUACAAAUUUACUAUCAUACUUAUCCAAUGUUCUUAAGUUCUAAGUUCAAGUUCCAGUUCAAGUUCAAGCUAGUCUUUAUGUGGAUAUGGGUGUUAAAACAGUUCUAAACCUAAAACUUCACAGAGCUACCUUUGCAAUGAAAAUCCAAUGAGGAAGUCAGUCAAAGUGAAGCGAACGUGUUAGCGCACAUGCACAGCCAAAUCUCAAAGCUAGUUGCAGAUGGACUCUACAGAGAAGCACUCUGUUUCUAUACAAAACACCACUCUCUCUCUCUCUCUCCCAACAAAUUCACAUUCCCUCUUCUCUUCAAAGCCUGUGGCAAGCUCAAAUCUUCCACCCAUGCCCAAAUGCUUCAUACCCAUCUCAUAAAAACAGGUUUUGGCACUGACAUAUAUGCAUCUACAGCACUUACAGAUAUGUACAUGAAACUCCACCUCCUAUUCGAUGCUCUCAAAGUGUUCGACGAAAUGCCUGACCCAAAGUUGUCUUUGUUCAAUGCUACAAUUUCUGGGUUCUCGAGAAACGGGUAUAACAGUGAAGCACUGAGAAUGUUUAGGCAGGUUGGUUUGGGAAAGUUGAGGCCUAACUCUGUCACUAUUGCUAGUUUGUUGUCGUCGUGUGAAGUUUUAGCAGAUGGGCUUCAAGUACAUUGCUGGGCGGUUAAAUUAGGUGUUGAGACCGAAGUUUAUGUGGGAACGUCGCUUAUAACUAUGUAUUCGGGUUGUGCAGAGUUGGUUUCCGCAACGAAGGUGUUUGAAACGAUUUUGGAUAGGAAUGUGGUGAGUUACAAUGCUUAUAUUUCAGGGCUUCUGCAAAAUGGGGUUUUUCGUGUAGUUUUGGAUGUUUUCAAGGACAUGAAGGGAUGUUCUAUUGAAUUACCCAAUUCAGUGACUGUGGUUUCUGUUCUCUCGGCAUGUUCAAGCCUUCUAUAUCUUCGAUUCGGUAGGCAAGUUCAUGGACUUGUUAUGAAAACCGACAUUGUCUUUGAUACAAUGGUGGGAACUGCAUUAGUUGACAUGUAUUCCAAAUGUAGUCAGUGGAAAUGGGCUUAUGAUAUAUUCCAAGAACUAAAUAGAAAUAGGAACUUGAUUACUUGGAACUCGAUGAUUGCGGGUAUGAUGUUGAAUGGUCAGACUGAGAAUGCAAUCGAGCUUUUCACGCAGUUGAAAUCUGAAGGACUGAAGCCGGAUUCGGCAACAUGGAAUUCAAUGAUUAGUGGGUUUAUGCAAGUCGGGGAGGGUUGGAAUGCCUUUAUCUUCUUCAAAAAGAUGCAAUCGGUUGGCAUAAUGCCAAGUUUGAAGUCUAUUACAAGUCUUUUACCCAUUUGUGCAGCUCUCUCUGCUCUGCGGUCUGGGAAGGAGAUUCAUGGACACACUAUUAGAACUGAUAUCUGUACUGACGAAUUCAUAUGUACCUCACUCAUUGACAUGUACAUGAAAUGUGGGUUGUCUUCUUGGGCACAGAGAACUUUCAAUCAGUUUGUAAUAAAGACCAAUGAUCCAGUCAUUUGGAAUGCAAUGAUUUCUGGGUAUGGAAAGAAUGGGGAGACUGAAUUGGCAUUCAAAAUUUUUUAUCAGAUGGUAGAAGAGAAAGUAAUACCAAAUGUGGCAACUUUCAACUGCAUUCUCUCUAUGUGCAGUCACGCUGGUCUAGUUGAGAAAGGAUGGCAAAUCUUUAGGAUGAUGAACCAAAAUUAUGGCUUAAGCCCUACCCCCGAACAUUUUAAUUGUAUUGUCGACCUCUUGGGCCGAUCUGGAUGGCUAGAUGAAGCUCGAGAAGUAUUACAAGAAAUACCCAAUCCUUCUGCUUCUGUUAUUGCCUCUUUAGUCAAUGCUUCUAUAUGUCAUUCAGAUUUCAAGCUAGGAGAAGAAAUGGCUAAAAUGCUUUCAGAAUUAGAGCCACAAAACCCAACUCCAUUUGUGAUUCUGUCGAAUAUAUAUGCAGAGCAGGGAAGGUGGAGGGAUGCUGAGAGGGUUAGAAAGAUGAUGAAUGACAGAGGACUGAAAAAACUCCCAGGGUUAAGUUCAAUUGGAGUGUCAUAAAGAACUACAUGUACAUCAUGCACUGAUAGAGCAAA